AUGGGCAUCACCAUGGGAUGUGGCGAUAUAGAGAGUGAAAGACUCAAUAGUGAACAUGAAGUGUCGCACCUUGAGGAUACAUCCCAGCUAAAAGCAGACAAAAUCAACUGCAAUGACAUCUUCAAACCCUUACUUGGAAAAGAGAAAGGAGAGGAGAGAUCCAUCAGAACUGUGYUGACGAAGGGCAUCGCUGGCAUYGGAAAAACAUUCUCUGUGCAGAAGUUCAUCCUCGACUGGGYAGAAGRAAAAGCYAAUMAGSAUAUWSAUUUCAUCUUUGUCCUUCCUUUCAGGGAGCUGAAUUUGCUCCGAAGACUUUACAGUGUUCAUAGUCUUCUGAGUAGCUUCCAUCCUGGUCUCAAAGAACUUGAUGACCCGCUAUAUGAUAGUCCUACCUGUAAAGUAAUGAUAAUCUUUGAUGGUCUUGAUGAAAGCAGAUUUAAAUUGGAUUUCAAGAAUAACGAGACUUUGUUUAAAAUAACAGAUGAACAAUCAGUGAAUGUSUUGUUAACAAACAUCAUCAAGAGAAAGCUGCUUCCUGRAGCUCUCCUCUGGAUAACCUCCAGACCAGCAGCAGCCAAUCAGAUCCCCUGGGAGUACAUCGACCAGGUGACAGUAGUACGAGGUUUCACUGAUGAACAGAAAGAAGAGUACUUUAAGAAGAAAGUCGAGGAUGAGAGGCUGGCCACAAGAAUCAUCUCACAUGUAACCAUGUCAAGGAGUCUCCACCUCAUGUGCCAAAUCCCCAUCUUCUGUUGGAUUGCUGCCWUGAUUCUUGGAAAGAUGCUCAGCGAAAACAUCAGUGGAGUCCCUAAAACUCUGACUGCCAUGUACACACACUUCUUAGUCACCUUGACUGACUUGAAGGGCCAGACAAAUCACACAAAUCCUCAGAAGGUCUUGAAACAAAACAGAUUGUUAAUUUUAAAACUCGGGCGCCUGGCCUUUAAUCAUCUGGGGGAGUCUCAAAUGUUUUAUGAAAACGACCUGGCAGACUGUGGCAUCACUGAUGAGGAACGGGAAGGAUCUCUAUACUCUGCAAUGUUCACAGAAAUCUUAAAAAGAGAGGAUGUGUUUUACGGGAAACUGGUGUACUAUUUUGUCCACCUAACCAUCCAGGAGUUUUUUGCAUCUCUUUUUGUGUUUCAUUGUUUCAUAAGCAAUGAAAUGAAGGAUCUGGAGUCUUUCAUCGAUGUCAAGUUCAGAGGUCAGCCUAAAGUGCAUACUUUCCUAGAAAGAGUGGUGAAUAAAGCUUCAAAAAGUGAGAAUGGACAUCUGGACCUCUUAGUCCGCUUCCUUCAUGGCUUCUUAUUGGAAUCCAAUCAACAGCUUCUGGACGGCCUACUGACAAGGUCGAAGGAUGCUGAAGAAACUUCCAAAUAUGUAGAGGAAAUAAGGAAAUACCUCAAGUACAUGGCAACACAGGACAUCUCUCCUGAAAGAUGCAUUAACCUGUUUCACUGUUUGAUUGAAAUGGGAGACAGGUCAUUGAAUAAAGACAUUCAAGCAUACCUCUCACAUAAGGCUAUGAAGAAAAGUUCAGUUGAACUCACACCAGAUCACUGCUCAGCAUUGGCCUCUGUGCUUCUAAAGUCAGGGGAGGAACUAGAUGUGUUUGACCUGAAGAAAUACAAAGCAUCAUGGGAGAAGCGUAAAAGACUGGUCCCAGCUGUGAGAUGCUGCAGAAAGGCUUUACUUGCUGGCUGUAGACUCACCAAUGAGACUUGUGAAACAGUGGCCGUUGCACUAAGAUCAGCAAAUUCACCCCUGAGAGAACUGGACCUGAGUCACAAUGACCUGCAGGAUUCAGGAGUGGAGCAGCUCUCUGCUGGACUGAAGGAUCCACACUGCGAACUAGAGAUACUGAGGCUGUCUGGCUGUCAUGUCACACAUGGAGGCUGUGCUUCUCUGGCUUCAGCUCUGAGGUCAAAACCCUCCCACCUGAGAGAACUGGACCUGAGCUUCAAUCACCCAGGAGACUCUGGAGUGACGCUGCUCUGUGCUAGACUGAAAGAUCCACACUGUAGACUGGAGAAACUCAAACUUGCUGGCUGUAGACUCACCAAUGAGACUUGUGAAACAGUGGCCUUGCACUAAGAUCAGCAAAUUCACCCUGAGAGAACUGGACCUGAGUCACAAUGACCU